AUGAAACUGUUAGAAUUUUUUUUAAUGUUAAUGUUGUUUACUAUUAGCACAAGUAGUGCUAGAAGGGAUAAUACAUUGAAGGUGGCUAAUGAAGAAAAAGACUACUUGAAUUGGAUUCAUCGCAUGAGUUCUCGCAAUCAUUCUGUUUUCCAAGAAGCUAAGAACAAAUUAGAGCCUUGUAAAUUUAUUAAGGUGAAUAAAAACCCGAAAUUCGGAGAUUUUACUACGGUUCAGAAGGCUAUUGAUUCAAUCCCAAUAGUCAAUUCUUGUCGAGUGGUUAUUUCUGUUAGUCCUGGAACUUACAGGGAAAAGAUUGAAAUUCCAGCAACAAUGGCUUACAUUACCCUGGAAGGUGCUGCUUCACAUAAAACAACUAUCAAAUGGGAUGACACUGCAGAUAGGACAGGAAAAAGUGGCCAACCAAUGGGAACUUAUGGUUCCGCAACUUUUGCUGUUAAUUCCCCCUAUUUCAUUGCCAAAAACAUCACCUUUAAGAAUGUAGCACCACCACCACCAUCAGGGGCACUAGGAAAGCAAGCGGUGGCAUUAAGAAUAUCGGCAGACACAGCGGCGUUCAUAAAUUGCAAGUUCAUUGGAGCACAGGACACACUGUAUGAUCACAGGGGCAGGCACUAUUUCAAGAACUGUUAUAUUCAAGGUUCUGUAGAUUUUAUAUUUGGUGAUGGGCUCUCCCUUUAUGAGAAUUGUCAUUUACGUGCAAAAACAAAAAGCUAUGGGGCAUUGACAGCCCAGAAGAGGGAGAGUUUACUGGAGGAAACUGGAUUCUCUUUUCUCAAUUGCAAAGUUACUGGAUCUGGUGCUCUUUACUUGGGCAGGGCUUGGGGUACUUUCUCUAGGGUCGUAUUUGCUUACACUUAUAUGGAUAAAAUUAUCACAUCAAAGGGAUGGUAUGACUGGGGAGAUAAGAACAGGCAUAUGACGGUAUUUUAUGGGCAAUUCAAGUGUUCAGGACCAGGGGCAGACCAUGGUGAAAGGGUGAAAUGGUCCAGGGAGCUCACUGAACAAGAAGCUAAACCGUUUAUCUCACUCAGUUUCAUAGAUGGUCAUGAAUGGUUACUCCAUAUUUGAUUUCUUUGAUGGCAGUCAGCAGUCUUUACUCCUGUACAAUUACGCAACUCAUAUUGCAAAGUUAGAAAAUUAUUUUUCCCA